GAGAAAUCACAAUGGGAAUUAGUGAAGAGAGUAGUAUUGAGCCUCUAUACGAAAAAAUAUGGGUGAAAUACACACUUUCAAGGGUAAUGGAUUCAAUUAUUCUGUUCCUCCUUGUUUUGCUACUCUGCUACCGUGUAUUCUCCUAUGAUGAGAUGAACCACCACUCAUACCCUUGGUUCCUUGCUUUCAUGUGUGAGUCAUGGUUCACUUUCACUUGGUUAACCAUCAUCUCCACCAAAUGGAACCCUUCAUAUACCAUAUCCUACCCUCACCGUCUCUUCUCCCGGGUAGCUGAGCUUCCAUCAGUGGACUUGUUUGUGACAACAGCAGAUCCAGUUCUUGAACCACCAAUCAUAACAGUGAACACUGUUCUGUCACUUUUGGCACUUGAUUACCCUUCCAACAAGCUUUCGUGCUAUGUCUCCGAUGAUGGUUGCUCCCCUCUUAACUUGUAUGCUCUUGUGGAGGCUUCAAAGUUUGCAAAGCUUUGGGUACCUUUCUGUAAGAAGUACAAUGUAAAAACUAGAGCACCCUUUAGAUUCUUCGAUUCUAAUAAUAAUAAUGAGGCCACCGCACCCAACAAUAGUCCAGAAUUCAUGCAAGAAUGGUUGGCAAUUAAGGAUGGGUAUGAGCAUCUUUGCAGUAAAAUUCAAAAUGCGACAAAGAAAUCGAUCAUGCUCGACCAAGAAUUUCACGUAUUCUCAACGACACAGCUCAAUAACCAUCCAACUAUAAUCAAGGUAAUAUGGGAGAACAAAGAAGGUGCUUCAGAUGGGGUGCCCCAUUUAAUCUAUGUAUCAAGAGAGAAGAACCCUAAUCAUCUACAUCGGUAUAAGGCUGGUGCUAUGAAUGUCUUGACAAGAGUGUCCGGAUUGAUGACAAAUGCUCCGUACAUAUUGAACGUAGACUGUGACAUGCAUGUGAACAAUCCAGAGAUUGCACAACAUGCCCUAUGCAUUUUGAUGGAUCCAAAUUCAGAUAAAGAAAUUGCAUUUGUUCAAUGUCCUCAACAAUUCUAUGAUGGAUUAAAGGAUGAUCCCUUCGGAAAUCAACUAGUCACAGUAUUUGUGUACAUAGGUGGUGGAGUCUCUGGUAUUCAAGGAAUUUACUAUGUAGGAACCAAUUGCUUUCAUAGAAGAAAAGUUCUUUAUGGCCUUUCUCCUCACCAUCACAUUCAAAAUGGAAACAAGGAUCUUGGAAAAUCAUCAAAAAAGGACAUAAUAUUUGGAAGUUCGGAAGAGUUUGUGGAAUCAGCUGCUCAAGCAUUGGAAGGGAAGAAGACAUUUACUCAAAAUGCUAAUCUUUGCAACUCUCUUGAGGCAGCCAAGGAAGUUGCUGCUUCUGGAUAUGAGCAUGGUACUGAUUGGGGCAACAAGGUGGGGUGGAUGUAUGGAUCAUCAGCAGAGGAUAUACUUACUGGGCUGACAAUGCACACAAAAGGUUGGAGAUCUGAAAGCUGUGUGACUGAUCCAAUAGCAUUUAUGGGCUGCACGGCCCAAGAUAGUGUAGUCCAAAUAGCCCAAUCUCAGAGAUGGGGCUCAGGGCUGCUUGAAAUUUUCUUUAGCAAGAACUGUCCAAUUUUUGGCACAAUAUUUGGUAAGCUCCAAUUCAGACAGUGUUUGGCAUACAUUUGGGUCACUACUUGGGCCUUUAGAUCUGUUCCUGAAACAUGCUAUGCCCUUCUCCCUGCCUAUUGCAUCAUUACCAACUCCUAUUUCUUGCCUAAGGACCUUGGUGUGUUGAUUCCUGCUGCUCUGUUAGUAACAUACAACAUGUCUACUCUAUUAGAGUAUUUGAAAACUGGAUUGUCAGUGAGAUCAUGGUGGAACAACCUGAGGAUGUCAAGAAUAACUGCAAUGAACCCAUGGAUUUUUUCAUUUGUGACAAUUCUACUAAAAAAAUUAAGGAUACAUGACUAUGCAUUUGUAGUUACAAAGAAAGAACUACCAUCUAGUAAUGAGGGUUUAGAUAAGAAUAAUGUAAAUGCUGGUGGUAGGUUCAUUUUCAACAGGUCGUUGGUAUUUGUGCCAGGCACAACCAUCUUGCUUCUUCAACUCACAGCUUUGAUUAUCAACUUUUUUGGAUGGCAACCAAAGGCUAGAAGUGGUGGACAAGGUUCAGGGUUUGGAGAAUUAAUUUGCAGCAUUUAUGUUGUUCUGUUUUACUUGCCAUUCUUGAAAGGGUUAUUUAGGAAAGGAAAAUAUGGGAUACCCUUAAGCACAAUAUGCAAGUCAAUGGGGUUGGCUUUGCUCUUUGUGCACAUUUCAAUGUUUAUUGUUUGACUUCCACAGCUCUAUGGAGUUUCUUUCAGAGUAAAAUCUAAGUUGUCUUUAACCUUAAU